AAUAACAGGAGCGGUGAGGAAAACAGACGGGCGCAGUUGUAACUGGGAGCUCCGGGUGGCUUUACGGAGACUAAUGACUGAAGUGGGAGCGCUGUAGGUGUUCUGGAGUUCUGGAGUUAUGGACCGGGCCGGGCGGGCGGUUCUUGGCUGGUUGCUGUGUGUAGUUCUGGGUCAGAGCGCGGUUCGGUGCGGGGGCUCCGGUGAUGGCACCUUCACUAUCCAGCACGAGGGCUCGAGAAAAUGUUUGCAGGUGCAGCACGGUGCUCUAGUGUUGGGAAACUGUUCGGCGGAGCCGUCCUGUUUGUGGAAAUGGGGCUCAGCUCGUCGGCUCUUUCACACUGGCUCGUCUGCCUGCCUGGGCAUGUAUGUGCCCAACAAAACACUGUCCCUCACCAGCUGUUUGGCGGAGCCCCAGCUGCAGUGGUACUGCAACGAGGGAUCCCUUUUUACCAUCUAUCAGAUGAAGCUGAGCGCUACUGCCAACGGGACUGUGGUGGCCAAACGAGAAGCACCGGAUUCCUGGAUCCGAGGAGGAACAUCUGAGAACAUAUGUCAGCAGAUGUAUCAGAUGAUGCACACUAGUGGUGGUAACUCUUUAGGAGCGCCCUGUAAGUUCCCCUUCCUGUAUAACGGGACGUGGCACCACCGCUGCCUCCCUGCUGAUGAUGUCCAUCCUCCAGACUGGUGUUCUACUAAAGACAGCUAUGAUCAGGAUCAGCAGUGGGGAACCUGUCUAAAAUAUGAGGAGGGGUGUGGUGCCCUAUGGAACAUCUCCAGGAACGGUCGUUGUUACCAGGUGAUCUCCACAGCGUUGGUAACCUGGCACGAGGCUCGGGAUUCCUGUCGAACUCAGGGCGGAGACCUGCUCAGCGUAUCAAGCUCAGAGGAUUUGCAGAUCUUUAAUGCAGGUAGUGAGCUACCAGAGAAGCUGUGGAUUGGGCUAAACAGGCUGGACUGGUUGCAGGGCUGGCAGUGGUCAGAUGGAUCACCCCUGGCGUACAUCCCAUGGAAUGCAGAGUCACUCUCCGAGUCCCUUUUGCUGGCAUCAGACUGUGGAGUUUUACGCCCCAACAGGAAGUUUGACCGGGAGACUUGUGAGUCAAGGUUGCCGUACAUCUGCGAGAAGAUGGAGAACAGCACUCAGACUGCCGAAGCUGCAGAUAAAAUGAUGUAUAAAUCAACGGUGUGUGAUGACGGCUGGACCCCGCAGGGGGGAUUUUGCUAUAAGCUGUAUGGUAAUGAGAGCAGCAUGUAUAAGACAUAUGCUGAUGCCCAGAAGGUGUGUCUGGAGAAUGGAGCUCAGUUGGCCAGCAUCCACAGCCUGGGGGAUGUCGAGCUGCUCAACACUGACUUCAGUGCAGUCAGCAAUGUUUGGAUUGGUCUGAAGGCUGUUAAGAACACGGAUCUGUUUAAGUGGGAGGACGGGACUAACGUGUCUUUUACGUACUGGGGGCGGACCCAGCCUCCACUGCUCUCCUCCACCACAGACAGCUGUGUGAAGACGGACCACGUAUGGUUUGUAUCACCAUGCACCUCAGCGAGCCCCUUCGUGUGUAAGAAGAACGGCACUGUAAACGAGAGCGCUGCAGACGAGGGCUGUCCGCAGGACGGGGACUGGAGGAGACAUGGGAACGCCUGCUAUAAGAUUGACACUCGGGAAGUCUCCUACAAAAACAGCUGUAAACUCAUCAUCAAUAACAGAUUUGAGCAGGCGUUCAUUAACAGUCUGCUGAAGGAGCAUAUUGGCAGUGAGUCGCUGUUCUUUUGGACUGGGCUUCAGGACUCUAAAGGAACAGGAGAGUACCAGUGGUUCAGCCCGUCUGAACAGAAGGACAGAGUCACCUAUACAAACUGGAGAUGGCCAGAACCAGCUAAUACAGGAGGAUGUGCGGUGAUGUCCACAGCGAGUCCAUUGGGUCAGUGGUUUGUGAAAAACUGCACAGUGUUUAAAGCUGGGAGUAUCUGUAAAAGACUUGUAUCUCCUGCCCCACCUGUACCGGCUCCAGAGGAGCCCAACAUCAACGCCACCUGCCCUCAGGGAUGGGUCUCCAGAGAUGGCAUGAAGUACUGCUAUAAGGUGUUCCACGAGGAGCGACUGAGCCGAAAGCGCUCCUGGGAGGAAGCCGAGCUGUUCUGUGAGGCUCUGGGAGCUCAUCUGCCCAGCUUCACUGAGCUAAACGAGAUGACCGGACUACAUAACAUCCUCAGAGACUCCAUUAGUGAUGAUCGCUUCUUUUGGGUCGGAUUUAACCGGCGAAAUCCAAACAAUGACAACAGCUGGGAGUGGAGCGAUGGCCGACCUGUGUCCAUGACCAUGUUUCCACAAGAGUUUCAUGAAGAUGAUGAUUAUAACCGAGACUGUACCGCAUUUAAGUCACUGAAAGUAAACUUCAAGCUGCUGUUCUUCUUCCUGCUGCAUGAUGUUCCUGUGCGCCCAUUUUACCCCAGCGCCUUCCACUGCGACGCUAAACUGGAGUGGGUGUGUCAGAUCCCUCGAGGAAUUACUCCCAAGAACCCGGAGUGGUAUAACCCAGAUGGACACCAUAACACAUCCGUGUUCAUUGAUGGUCAGGAGUUCUGGUUUGUGAAUCAGCCCCAACUGUCCUUUGAGGAGGCCAUUAUGUACUGCAGCAGCAACAGCAGCAGACUAGCCACGCCCAACACUAUCAAUGCUGCCAGACUCCUGCAAGAACACCUAUACAAGAAUUCCGGUCCACAGCUUGAGAAUUGGUGGGUUGAUCUUCGCCAGCCUGGUUCUCUGCUGCCCAUGAGGUACUCCCACAGGCAUUACUAUAACUCUGCGUUUUUGGGUAGAUGUACCUCCAUCAGCCAGAAUUCCAUCAUGCCAGAAUACCGGAAAGGCUGUGAGGUCAAACAGCCCUUCGUGUGCGAGACACUGAACGUCACUUCAGCAGAAACUGGAACCCAAGACCCAGAGGCCCCGGCCAAGCCGUGUGAGGAGGGAACUUUGGCUUUCAGAGACAAGUGUUUCACAGUGACCAAGCCUGGCUACAUGAGCUUUAAACAAGCCAAUGAGAGGUGCCACACCCUGAGGGGAACGCUACUGUCUGUCCGAGACCAAGCAGAACAAGACUUCAUCACCACUCUUCUGCCGGGGCUGCCGCGGAAGCUCUGGAUUGGUCUGAAACUGAGGCAGCAUGACACCCAGUGGGUGGAUAAAUCGGACGUGAAGUACCUAAACUUUAACCCCCUCCUCCACGGGCAGCUGCGUCCCAUAUACAUCUAUACGUUUGAGCAGGAUGGAUUGGAGCUGUGUGCCUAUAUGUUCAACAAUGCCCACUCUGACAUGCUGGGCACCUGGGACUACACAUCCUGCUCUCAUGAGCAGAGCGUCGCCAUCUGCCAGCACUAUGCAGAUAAACCAGAAGCUCCUGUUGUGUCGCAGGACGAGUUCACUGUGAAUAACCACACGUUUAAGCUGGUCCUCAGGGAGAAUCUGAACUGGAUUGAUGCGUGGGAUUUGUGUAAGAGUAAUAACAUGGACCUGGCCAGCGUGUCUGACGCGUACCUGCAGGCUGUGCUCACUGUAAACGUCAGUAAAGUGGGACACCCCCUCUGGAUCGGACUGUUCAGUGAAGAUGAACACUACCGCUGGACAGAUCACAGCCACACUGUGUUCAGCCGCUGGAGUGACGAGGUCACUGCAGGGCGCUGCGUGUACUUGGAUACUGACGGUUUUUGGAAGGCCACAGAAUGCGGGAGGCAGCUCGGAGGUGCAAUUUGCCACGUCCCCCACGAGACCGUUCAGCCUUCCCACGACAAAGGGCCGUGUCCACACAAAGGCAACGGAGCCAACUGGAUCCCAUUCAAGAACAACUGCUACACCUUUCUGCUGGCGUCUGUGAGAUGGCAAGAACAUGACAAGAACAACGACCGGAACACCUGCCAGGCUAUUGCUGGUAUGGGAGAUAUUCUGACCAUUCGAUCUGAGGAGGAGAACGAGUUCAUAAGGACGCAGCUCCAGCCCUAUGCAGACUUGGCCAGCUUUGUGUGGUUGGGAAUCUACAAAGCCAAUGGUAGCCAACUGAAAUGGUAUGAUGACACCAACGUUCAGUACUCCAACUGGAAAAAUGGAAGACCAGACGUGCCGCCGUUAUUCAUGGCUGGUCUGAAUAUGAAUGGAGAAUGGGACCUGAUUGAUUCCUAUUUUUCAAGUUUCAAGCAGAAUGCCAUCGUGGUGUGUAAGAUUGAACGUGAUUCCAAAACAGAGUUUCAGCUGAGUCAGAGCGACGUGAAGGCUCCUCCAGGCUACACCUUCCGAUUGAUCCCCAAGAAACUGAACUGGUAUCAGGCCCUCGAGGAAUGCAGCAGUGAUGGCGGACAUCUUGUGAGCAUUCAUAGUGAGGAGGCCAACAAGGACAUGGCGCUGAUCACUAAACGAGAUGGAUUCCCUCACUGGAUUGGCCUCUCCAGACAAGAUUUCAGCGGUUGGCCGUUUGAGUGGUCAGAUGGGACAUCACUGCAGUUCCAGCCCCAGGGGUUCGAGGUUCUAGGUGUUGGGUCUGAGGAGCAGUGUGUGUAUGUGGAUCCUGAAGGACGCUGGUCUGCUGUAAACUGCCAUGCGAAGCUGGAGGGAGCUAUCUGUUACAAAACAGUCAACAAGUCGCAAAUGUCUGCUCAUUCCAGCGAUAACUGUCCAAAGAGUGAUGGGAAAGCUUCGUGGAUCCAGUUUGAAGACCACUGUUAUGCCAUCGAUAUGACCCUCUAUAACUAUUCAGUGUACAGCAUGGUGGAUGCUCAGAGAAUCUGUGAGACAUUGGAUCCCACCUCUCAGCUUUUGACCAUUAAAAGUGAAGAGGAGAAUGAUUUUGUCUCGCGGCAUGUUGCUGAAAACCCCCUCAUCACCAGCCGCGUCUGGCUCGCUCUCAAAUCAGCUGUGGGCGAGAGCUGGAUGGAUGGCAGUGCCCUGGGCUUCUCUAACUGGGGGCACACUCAGCCUCAGUCUGGGUGCGCAGUCUUGGUGGCGGUGAAUGGAAGUUGGAACAAUGCCAGCUGCAUGAAUAGCCGCAGCCGUGUCGUCUGCAAGGCGCCUGCCAAAUCGAGCGCCGGCACUCCUGUGGCCUUGGCGUUUUUCAUCAUCGUGCUCUUCUGCCUCGUCGCUGUGGUGAUCUUCGUCGUGUAUAAAAGAACCAGACACCGCUUCUUCUCCACUGUUCGCUACCAGAGGAAUUUUGAUGAGGCCGACAGCACCAGUAUGAUUUCUGAGACUGAGUGAACGAUGCACUGUAAGCAGCUUCAAAAAAUGUAAACUAGAGGUUUAUGUGCCUUUCAGUAAAAACUCCACCAAACCGCAGCAGGAACGUCCAAACACAAGUUCUACCUAAAGGCCUUAUUUAUUACUGCACUCUCAGAACUUCAGUCCGACAGGCUUUACGGGUUUUUGGUUUUCUAAUGAAUAUUCUGAAGGAAUACCAGUGGUUUUGUAGAUUUACCUGAACGUGGUGGUCUUGUUGUUGUUGUUUUUAAUUUAAUUUGUCUUAAUGGUUUUGGUAUGUUUUAAUGAAAAUACUGCCAAAAAGUGAAGACGUCGCAGUAUUUAGAGUAUGCGUGUGGUGUUUUGGGUACUGUGGCGGGGCUGGAUGUUUCUUUGACUGGGUUUCUCCUGAGCUAGCACUGAUUUGUUUACUGUCACUCUUUUAUUUUUUUAUGCUAAAGUGGGAUCAUUUUUAAGACUUUAAAUUAUUUUUUUUCUUCAUUUAAAUAUCUAAUUAAGAUCUAAAUAUGUUAUUUGAAUGUUUGCAAAUAAUGAAUUUAUGCACUUUCUGCAUAACUAUUUCUCCGGGUCUGACUGGGUCACUCUUUACUUUGCCUCCUAACUACAAAAGCGAUCCUCAAACUAGUGUACAUAGUUGCUCUGCUGAACCAAACUUUAAUCCUCAGACUGUAGUAGCUGCUAAUGAGCACAUGUCCCCCACUUCCCUAUGGUCAUCCAGAGUACAACAGUGAUUAUCUAAACAAAAGCAGGUUGUACUCUGCAUGAUUAUUAGACAUUGUUAAGCUGGAAUGCACCAGAGCAUGUGUUUGUCUAGAGAGUUAACUAAAACAGCAGUAAGAACAGUAUUUGCAGUAAUGAGUUUUUUGUAAUUAGACUGUAUGACAGGCCUGCAGUGAGGUGGGAAAUGUCUGAGUGUUACUUUUAGAUUUCUGCUGAGUUUACCUCCCCUGUUAUCUGCACUCAAACUACUGAUCUGUAAAGCACUUUAAAGAGCUGUUUUCCUGUAACUGCUUUUGGACUGUUUGAGCACAACGGGAGGAAGUUCCCGGUGUUUUGUGUUUUUUCGAGAAAAUAUGCAAUUUUUGCUGUGUGUGAUCUGUGUAAAUAUCUUUUAUGCAUUAGUGAUGUUCUGAUUAUAAAAUGUUUUUAGAUGUGUAAACCAAAGACUGUCCUGAAAUUAUUGGUUAACAAUUGAAUUUUGAUCCCUUUUCCAGUUCAGAUUUUCAGAUUUAUCAAAAUCAGAACAGUUAACCAAAGAGUAGAUCUGUGUUUUAUCUUUGGUUUAAGUUUGUAGUUCCUGAUCCAGUUUGUUUUUCUGUGGAAGAAUCUGACCAUCACUCAAUAAAACGCCGUCUCCAUA